GUCGAGGGAGGGGACUACUGCGAAGUGAGUUGCGUCCUCUACUUGGGCGGCUGCCGAACCGGACCGCGCCGGGCUGACCCCCUCGGGGUGUUGUCGUUAACGUUCGUGCCGCCGCCGCUGUCAUGCCGCUCUUCGCCCCCAACCCCUUCGAGCAGGAUGUGGAAAAGGCCACAAAUGAGUGCAACACUGUUGAAGACUGGGCAGUUAUCAUGGAUAUAUGUGACAAGAUUGGAGGCACUCCUAACGGAGCAAAAGACUGCCUCAAAGCCAUUUUAAAGAGAGUAAAUCAUAAGGUACCCCAUGUUGCACUGCAGGCACUAACUCUGUUGGGAGCCUGUGUUUCAAACUGUGGAAAGAUUUUCCACUUAGAAAUCUGCUCACGUGAUUUUGCCAGUGAAGUUCGUGUCAUAAUAAACAAGGCACAUCCUAAAGUAUGUGACAAAUUAAAAGCUUUAAUGGUAGAAUGGUCAGAAGAAUUUCAGAAGGACCCCCAGUUUAGCUUAAUAUCAGCCACUAUUAAAUCUCUUAAGGAAGAAGGGGUUGUAUUUCCUACAGCUGGGUCACAGAGUCCCUCGGCUGCUCCCAAGAACAGUGUACCAUCAAGCAAAAACAAAGAAGAAGAAGAUAUAGCUAAAGCUAUUGAAUUAUCUUUGCAAGAACAGAAGCAGCAGCAAACCGAGACAAAAUCUUUGUACCCAUCUGUAGAUGUUCAGCAUAACAAUCAAAAACUCUCAAGAAAGGUGCGAGCCUUGUAUGACUUUGAGGCAGUCGAGGAUAAUGAACUUACCUUUAAAAGUGGUGAUAUUAUUGUUGUUCUGGAUGACAGUGAUGCCAAUUGGUGGAAAGGAGAAAAUCACAGAGGAGUAGGGUUGUUCCCAUCUAAUUUUGUGACUCUUAACUUAAAUGAUGAGCCUGAAUCAGUGCCUGUAGAUAAGGAUGCUGCUGAAGACACUACUGAAAUUACAAAAGCUGAGCCUGAGCCAGUGUACAUAGAUGAGAAUAAGAUGGAUAAGGCAUUGCAGUUACUUCAGAGCAUAGAUCCAACAGAUCCUAAAUCUGAUUCUCCUGAUCUUCUGGAUUUAGAAGAUGUCUGUCAACAGAUGGGUCCCAUGAUAGAUGAAAAGCUAGAAGAAAUUGAUAGGAAGCAUUCAGAAUUGUCUGAGCUAAAUGUGAAAGUGAUGGAAGCUUUGGAACUCUACAAUAAACUAAUGAAUGAAGCUCCUAUGUACUCUACGUACUCAAAGAUGCAUUCAGCAGCACAGUAUGCACCUACAUCAGCCAGUGUUCCGGUGCAGUCAUAUCCCAUCCAUCCUCACAGUGGGAAUUAUGUGGUUCAUGGUAUGCCGCAAAGCUACAAUCCAGGAAGUGAUCAGAUUGGUCCACUGAGGUCCUUGCCUCCAACUGUGAAUUCUUCAGUAACAUCUCAGCCUGCUCAGACUUACUUAAGCCCCGGUCUAGAUUCUGUGUCCAGUUCUACUUACAUGAACCAGAAUUCGUGCCUCCCACCUGCUGGUCCUGUUUCUUAUGCCCAACCCAUGGGCAUGCCUGUGGAUAUGCUAACCUACCAGAACACUGCAUCCAGUUUGCCUCAAGGUCCAUGCUAUCCAGCAGUUCCUGCUCAUUCACUACCACAGCAGCAAACAAAUUAUCACCAGCAGCCUCUCCUGUGAAAAUGCAGAGUCUGAGCCUGGAAACCGUUUUAGAUGUUGCUGACCCGUAAUCUUUUAAAUUGUCCUUCCAUUGAUUUAAAAGGAUACUUCUGCUCAAGGGAACAGACAACCAAGCAAUUUCAAAGUAAAAGUUAAUUCAAGCUUAACUGUUUUUCUGCAUAGCUGUUUAAACUAGGUGAGCUGCAGUUGUGUUAAAAAAAAAAAAAGCUUCCAAAUCCUGACUUCUAUAAUAUUCUAUGUCUCCUCACUAUUUAUAAAAAUGCCACUUCAAUUUUCCCUUAUAAUAGAAGCUUGGAAAGAAAGCUGAUAUAUGCAACUCCUCCUGUUCGUUUUUUCCAGACUUUGGGAAGAUAGUAAUUGUGUUUUAAUGGAACCUUUACGGUUGAAGUCCUUUCUUUGAAACGCAGUUUAAUUGGUUAAUUCAGAUUUUGGUUUGCACCUCUUUGAGAUCAUCAUCUUAACAGGAUUGCCUUUUAAAAUUGUACAAUGAAGUAGUUAUGAACUUGAGAAGAAAACACACACACAGACAGAAUAUCAGAGAAGUUAAUGGCUUUUAUGGUUUCUGCCAGAAUGGAUUUCUUACUUGCUUUUCUCAGAAACUAGUUCUUUUUAUUUCUGUAGAGUAAUAUUCCCUGUCUGAAGACAGAGAGUUUAAAGAGUGCAUGUUUAAGUUCAUAAAUUAAUUCCCAAACACAAAUGGACCUGAUCAAAAUUGGAUCAGUCUUUUCUCGCUUAUUCCCUGGUGUUACCAAAUAUUUACCUAUAUGAAGGAGAAGCUGAUGAGAUGAUUAUGCCGUGUUUUAGUCACAGCAAGGAUUUAUGUGCAGAUUUUUUUUUCUGGAGCUGGUAAACACACAUUGUAAAAGGCUGUGUGGAAGGGGAUAUGGCAAUGUAUUUUUCUAGUGUUGAGAGGUCAGAAAGAGUUCCUGUCCUGAUUUUUAAAAAGAAAAAAAGAAUUUUCUGUUCUGAAUGUUCCUUCAUUUCUUGCUGCCCAUGGAUUUAUCCUAUUAAUAACAGGAUCAUCCUGAGGGGAAUAAACUACAGCUUGCAUAAAGGGGAAUGGACACAUUAUUAAAAUAAGCGGAAAUUUAUAAGCAAGGAAAACCAAAGGCAUUUAUACCAUGCUCUUACAGUUAUUCUGCAGUAUCUGUUGCCCAUCAUCUCUAUUAUCAAAUGACCCCCACUUUUCACUUUCAAUACUGGUGCUAAGUAAGCUGUUUAGAUUUAUGGUAAUAAUUACUUGGACCAAUAUGUCUUGGGGAAGGCGGUUCCAGAAAAAUGUAGUUGUUGGUCAUCUCUCUCAGCAAGAACACUUACAUUUUCCCUUUUGGUGUUGAUUUUGUUUUAAUCUUCUCAAAAAUAUUUAAUUUUAAAGGCUGCUUUUUAAAAUCUUUAUUUAGAGCAAAGUCAGGGUUUUCUCACUCAGCUCCAACAUUUUAUAAACAACACUGAAGAUUUUGAAUAGUGCAUUGCUCUUUCACGUUAAUACAUUAGAUGGUCCAUUUAUAUUGAUCACAGUCUUUGGUACUACUUUAAGCAGUGCCCAAUAUCUGACUGUGAUGUUGAGUUGAAACAGUCUUUUUCCACUGCAUUUUGUCCUUUAUAUAUAAUGUAUAAAUAAUGUGUAUAUAUCCACUGGUCUAAGAUUUUAUACACAACUACAUAUAUACUAAUUCUCUUAAAUCACUGAAGUUUUAUAUGUAGCUGCAUUUGCCUCUGUUGUUAGUUGCUGUAAUCUUAAACUGCAUUUAUGCAAGCUGUAAAUAUGUAUAAAUUCUGAUGUUCAAUUGGUGUAUUUAGUGUUUUGGUGUCAGUGGGGAUCAUGUUUCUUCCCUUUUCUAAACUAAAAUAUUUAUUGUUAAGGCAUGAUUAUAAUGAUGCUACCAAAGGAAUUAACUACAAAUUUCCAUAGUUAGGGCCCAGACUUCAUUUGCAUCAGUGAGUAUUUAGCCAUUUAUUUGAAUGGAAUUUCAACUAUACUGCAGGCGUAUACCUAUUUUUAUAUUAAAAGUAAACAUUGCUUUGCUUAACAUAUACAUUAAAUGAAUAAAUAGAAAAUCUUUACAGUUCAUAGUGAGUGUUGUAUUGUGAUUUGUUUUGUGGGUGUUCAAUUAAGGUUCCAUUUAUGUUAGUUUACAAAUAAUUUGCUAUCUUAAAUUUGUAUUUGAAAAGUUGCCCAAAAUAAUUACUUGUCCAAUCUAUAUCACCAUCUGUUUCAGUUUUUUCUCCAGAGAGAUCUAUUCUUAAAUAACCUUGUGAUUCCAAAGACUUUAUAGUGUAAAUGUUUUAAUAUUUCCAUUUGCCUUCCUGCCAUGCCCCACCCCCAGUUAAAGUUGCUAGACUUUUAAAUAUCUCUUACUACUUUUCUGCUGACUUGGUUGUCCUGAGAAUAGGAGAGCCUAGAAAUGAAAUGCUGGCAGUUAGGGGAUAGCCGCAUCUUGCUGUUGUCAUUUUUCCACCUGGAAAUGCUUUCCUUUUCUAUGCAUCAGUGCUGGCUGUUAACCAACAUAACAGGAACCAGUGGUGGAGCUACCCCCCUCCCCACUUCCUGCAAGCCCUCCAAAUCUAUUGCUAAUUAGAUGGGGGGAACAUGCAGGAUGGGUGCAGGGAGGAAAGCAAAAGGAUGUGUUUUUGUCAAAGCAGGUAUUUGUUCAUGUGAUGCUGGAUAUAACCCAUGAUUUCUCAAGAAAUGUGUCAAAGUGCUACACAUAAUCAGGUAGUGGUUUUUUUGUAAUAACGUUAUGUAGAAAGUUUAACUCUUCAUGUAGAGAAAUUUGGCAUGACUGAAUUAAAUUUACUUUGAAAUUGCGUUACAUGGUAGAAGAAAAAGGGAUGCUACAGAGUGCUGGAAUCAGUAGAAUGCAUUCUGAAGAUUUACUCUAGAAAAAGGCUAUUUUUCUGGUUACUUGUUCAGAUUUAACCAUUUCUUUCGUGCAACAAAUUACAUUUUGAGUAUUUCUAUACCAUUAUUUUUCAAGCAACCCUGAUAUUAACAGCGUACAGUCCAUUACUUUGGAAUAUUCUCCGACAUAUUUGCACAGGCUUGUGCAAAUAAAACUUGUUUAACAAAUUA